AACCCCAACUCUUCAGAAGUGCAUCAAAAUGUGAGACAGAAACUUGUGGCUGAAAUGAAAGCAGAGAACAUCAGGAAAUUUCUUCGUUCAUUUACCAAGUUGCCUCACCUCGCAGGAACUGAACAGAAUCUUCUUCUUGCCAAAAAAAUUCAAGGCCAGUGGAAGGAAUUUGGAUUGGAUUCAGCAGAACUUGUUAAUUAUGAUGUGCUUCUUUCAUACCCAAAUGAAGAGCAGCCAAACUACAUUUCACUAAUUGAUGAUCAAGGGAAUGAGGUUUUCAAUACAUCAUUGUUUGAACCACCUCCACAGGGGUAUGAAAACGUUACUGAUAUACUACCACCCUAUAAUGCGUUUUCAGCACAAGGAGUGCCAGAGGCAGAUCUGGUGUAUGUGAAUUAUGGGCGUACAGAAGAUUUUUUUAAGCUGGAGCGUGAAAUGGGAAUUAACUGUACAGGAAAGAUUGUCAUUGCCAGAUAUGGGAAGAUCUUCAGAGGAAACAAAGUUAAAAAUGCCAUAUUAGCAGGAGCCAAAGGGAUCAUACUUUACUCAGACCCUGCUGACUACUGUGCACCUGGAGUAGAACCUUAUCCAAAUGGCUGGAACCUUCCAGGUGGAGGAGUCCAGCGUGGGAAUGUUUUAAAUCUGAAUGGAGCUGGGGAUCCUCUGACCCCAGGUUAUCCUGCAAAAGAGUACACUUUCAGGUACAAGGUUGAUGAAGGUGUAGGGAUUCCCAAAAUCCCGGUUCAUCCCAUUGGAUAUCAUGAUGCAGAAGUAUUACUGCGUGCAAUGGGAGGACCUGCAGCUCCAGACAGCAGCUGGAAGGGAAGUCUCAAUGUGUCUUACAAUAUAGGGCCAGGAUUCACAGGCAACUCUUCUGCAAGAAAAAUCAGAAUGCACAUUCAUACAAGCAAUAAAAUAACACGAAUUUACAACGUCAUUGGCAUCCUCAGAGGAGCUCUGGAACCAGACAGAUAUAUUAUUUUAGGUGGUCAUAGAGACUCUUGGGUGUUUGGUGGUAUUGAUCCAACCACUGGUGCUGCAGUUCUGCAAGAGAUCGUACAGAGUUUCGGUAAAAUGAAGAUGGAAGGUUGGAGACCUAGGCGAACUAUUAUUUUUGCUAGCUGGGAUGCAGAAGAAUUUGGAUUAUUGGGUUCCACAGAGUGGGCUGAGGAAAAUGCCAAAGUCCUUCAGGAACGGGCAGUCGCUUACAUCAACGCAGAUUCUUCUAUAGAAGGUAACUACACAUUAAGAGUUGACUGUACCCCUCUUCUCUACAAACUGGUGUAUAAUCUGACAAAAGAGAUUUUAAGCCCUGAUGAGGGUUAUGAAAAUAAAUCUCUUUAUGAGAGCUGGCUGGAGAAAGAUCCCUCAUCUGAAAAUAAUAACUUUCCCAGAAUAAACAAACUGGGGUCAGGCAGUGAUUUUGAAGCUUACUUCCAGCGACUGGGAAUUGCAUCAGGCAGAGCUCGUUACACCAAGAACAGGAAAGCAGACAAAUUCAGCAAUUAUCCUGUUUAUCACACUGUGUACGAGACAUUUGAGCUAGUGGAAAAAUUUUAUGACCCCACCUUCAAGAAACAGCUAACAAUUGCCCAGUUACGAGGAAAACUGAUUUAUGAACUGGCAGAUUCCCAGGUCAUUCCAUUUGACUCUAGAGACUAUGGAGAAGCCUUAAAAGGAUACAGCAACAGAAUUUAUAAAUUAGCCAAGAAGCAUGAGGAACAGCUGAAACUUUAUAAAGUAUCAUUUGAUCCUCUUUUUUCUGCUGUGAUGAACUUCUCAAAGGCUGCUUCUGAAUUUCACAGGAGACUUGAACAAGUUGACAAGAAAGAUUCAGUUGCAGUGCGCAUCGUGAAUGAUCAGCUGAUGCUGGUAGAAAGAGCUUUCACUGAUCCUCUGGGCUUGCCAGGAAGGAAGUUUUACAGACAUGUUAUCUUUGCUCCAAGCAGCCACAACAAAUAUGCAGGAGAAUCCUUCCCAGGAAUCUAUGAUGCCAUGUUUGAUAUUGAAAGCAAAGCUGAUCAACGUGAAGCCUGGGAAGAAGUGAAGAGGCAGAUUUCCAUUGCAGCCUUCACUGUGCAGGCAGCAGCAGACACACUGAAGGAAGUAGCAUAAGAUGAAGGCUUUGAAAACUCCCACAGCAGAGUGUGGCACACGGAGCUGUCAGGCUGCUGCAGUGUCCCAGUGUCCCUGACUGCCUGCCCUGCCUGAGUCUCCAGCCUCCCAAACCACAUGGCAGGUGAGCAGAGCUCUGUGCGUCAGAGAACUCCUGAGCUAGGAGUUGCUGCAUCUCUGCUACUCACAGAACUGUAGCUUCAUGAACAACCCUGGGUGGAAGCAAAUUUGGGUGUCGGGAGAAGUGGGAAGGGGGGAAAACAGGAACAAUCAGUUUCUGAUUAGAAUUUUCUGAGAGAUCUACCAGCUUUGAGGACCCAAUGUUUUGGAUGUAAAGUUAUUGAAACAAUUAUUUGCCAAGCUACCUGCAAAUUUUGUCCACAGCAGUGAUCAACAGCACACAUUUUGAUGGAAAAAACAUAAUACUCAGCCUGUAUGUCUUGUUCUGAUACUUUUAUAAUUAAAAGGCAUCUCUGCAUAUCAGAAUCUAUUCUGCAGGACCGGUGAAUGCUCUUUACACUGAUUUGCUUUCUUUUCCUUGAAAAAAAUAAAUAAGUGACUCUCCUA